GAGGGCGGGAGCGGGGAGGCGCACAGCGGACACGGCCCGUCAUACCGAGCGCGCCGCUCGCUCCCGGUAAGCAGCCUGCGUGCGCUCUCGGUCAGUGACGCGCGGCCCUGCCGCCGCACUCCAGUUUCGAGCAUUGCUGCCAGUUCCUACAGGUGAAACGCUGAAGCCUUAAUCUCUUGUGCCCCCCUGCCAUCAGCAGCCACAAUGGAUUUGAAAAGGAGAAAGGUCUGUGCGCAGUUUCGGGAUGGUAGGACGAUGAUGAGGGCUGUCGAGCCCCUCAGUGCCCUCUCCCGCUGGUACCUUUAUGCCAUCCAUGGCUACUUCUGUGAGGUGAUGUUUACAGCCGCCUGGGAGUUUGUGGUCAAUUUUAACUGGAAGUUCCCGGGAGUCACCAGUGUUUGGGCUCUUUUCAUCUACGGCACUUCCAUCAUGGUGGUGGAGCGAAUGUAUCUAUAUCUCAAGGAUCGAUAUCCUAGUGUGGUGAGGUGCCUCAUCUACACCCUCUGGACCUAUGUCUGGGAGUUCUCGACUGGGUUUAUUUUGCGUCAGUUCAAUGCCUGCCCCUGGGACUAUUCCCAGUUUGAUUAUGACUUCAUGGGGUUAGUGACACUGGAGUACGCAGUCCCCUGGUUCUGUGCUUCCUUUAUUGUGGAAAAGCUGGUGAUUAGGAAUACCCUACGUUUGCGUUUCGAUGAGAAUGGGGAGCCACGAACCCCCACCAUUGCCCCAGCGACACUGUGGGGCCACUUGAAGCUGAGAAAGGAUGAGUAAGGCACUCGCUCUCUGCUCCGUUUAAGGGCCUAAUCUCGAGUCUUCUUGUUUACAUUUCCAGUGUUGGGAACGAACAACAACAGGACCUCAAACCAGUUAACAAACCGGUUAUUUUUUGCGGUUUUUCCUUUUCAGUGAUAGGGAAGCCUUUUUAACGCAUUCUGACUCCAGCACAGUGCAAUCUGCUUUAAAUAUUUUGCCUGUGUUACUGCUACACUACUCACUGAAGUGUCCUCACUCUCAGUGCAUGCACUGUCCAUUAAUAAGUAUUUUAUCCUCACCAACAGUGGCUGCAGCUGGGGCCUCAUGGGGGUGAUCUAGUAUUUAUAAUAACUUCCUUUAAUUCAUGGAAGCUCGAAGACUGAGCAAACCAAUCACAGCACCUGCAUCUUAUGCUGUUUUUAUGCUACUUGACUCGUUGCUGUUGCUAGAGAGUGUAGGAAUGACUGCGUGUAUUCGUGCAAAGGUCACACUCACCGUGCCUAGUUGUCCACAGUCACACUUUCAAUACUGUUUCGCUGGUUUACCAAAAGUGGAUGCACCCACAUCGUUCAGGACAGUGCAAAGCGAACAGCUCGAUAGUUGGGGUCAAGGUCUCUCCAUUGGAGAACAUAACAUUUUUACAGAAGCUACAUUGCAUGUGUUUAGAGGCCAAACAACUGGGGGAAAUGCAUGUAUUAUCCAAGAGCUGCUCUCAGAUCCAGAUCCGACUCAUCUAUUUCUGCUCUGUGUCAUUCCAAUAAAACCCAUCCAGUUGA